AUGGACUACGUAUCUAAGUGGGUUGAAGCUGGAGCAUACCCUACAAAUGAUGAUAAGUGGUUGCUUGACAAAUAUAAUGUGAAGCAUAAGGUUGCUACUGCCUAUCACCCUCAAUCUAAUGGGGAAGUUGAAAGAGUGAACCGUGAAAUCAAAGGUAUCCUUGAAAAGAUAGUAUGCCCUAGUAGAAAAGAUUGGUCUCGAAGGCUCGAUGAUGUAUUAUGGGCCUAUCGAACAGCAUUUAAGACACCAUUAGGAAUGACUCCUUAUCAGUUAGUUUUUGGGAAGGCAUGCCAUUACCCAUUAGAGUUGGAGAAUAGAGCUCACUGGGCUUUGAAGAAGUUGAAUUUUGAUCUUAAGCAACCUGUGAGUGAAGGUUCACUAUUAGUGCAUGAGAAGAGGGACUUCUACUACAAAUUGUAUCCUUUUGACCCAGAGAUCAAGAGAACUUUACAAAGAAGGGUGAUACCUGGUAUUAGUGAUAAUCUGAAUGGUCAAGAUGCUGAUCCUCAUGUUCAUAGAGUGAUAGAUGACCUAGAUAGAUCAAUUGAAAAGCAUAUUGUGUCAAUUUAG